UGUGCAGUGCAAAACUCCACCAGGGCAGUAUGGCUCCAAAGUGGAUAUUAUGAUAUCCGUAAAUGACUCGCAUUGGGAUGACACGAAGAAGUACGACGUCCAGGACCAGCGCACGAUUGAUAACGGCUUCGAAUAUGAGGUGGCAACGUUCACAGGCUUGCUACCAACUUAUGGGCCAGUUGCCGGAGGAACCAACAUAACCGUGUACGGAGCCAACCUCAACAUCGGAUCGCAGCAGUCCGUGAUGAUUGGCGAGAACCCGUGCAAGAUAAACAGGAUCGAAAGAACGCUGCUGCAAUGCACAACGAGCGCUGUGUCUCCGGAAAAUGUGCACAAAGAUAUGCAAGUCACUCUGGCCAUCGACGAUGUCGAAGUUCCCUUCGUUCCGGCGGACAACCUCAGUUCGGUGUUCACCUACAGGCCAGAUCCCGAGAUCAAUGACAUCUCGCCCAAGACGGCCACGUUCAAUGGGAACUCUACUGUUGUGGUGAGGGGUGCUCACCUGGAUAGUGUCGCCGUGCCCACGAUGGUGACGCGGGUGACUUCUCUCGACCACAAGAGGCAGGAGUACAUAAGAAAGGUCUGUCGUGCAGUGAGCAGUGGCACGAGGAUGUUUUGUCCCGUGGCGUCGCUCAAGGAGUCCACCGUGAUCAGCGCCAGGCAGCUGGAGGCGCACCUGCUUCCAAUUCUGGUGCAGGUGAAAUUCGAGAUGGACGGUCUGCACCUGCCCAAUCGAACAGACGCAUCGGAGGGGCACUUCAACUUCGUCUACAGGCCGUCGCCACGUUUCGACCGCUUUCCCGAAGAAGGAUUCGGCAUCAACCCCGACAAGCCCACUGUCCAGAUCACAGGAAACCACUUCGAAGUUCUCAUGGAUAACGAUCAGGUGUCUGUCCGAGUCGAUGGCGUCGACAAUGCGUGUAAUGUCACGACAGUCAGCUCCGGUGUCAUCGUGUGCAUACUAAGGCCUGAUACACUCGACGAGAACAUGCCUCACUCCCUCGAUGUCGUGUACGCGGGUCGGAGCUAUCCGGUGGGCGCCGUCAAGCUGGUGUCAGAGCAGUCCGGCGUCAACUCGGGCGUCAUCGCGGGUGUGGUCGUCGUGGUGUUUCUACUCGUGCUCGUCGGUGUGGGGGUGUUCUUCUACCGGCGACGCGACGCCAAGAAGGCGCAGCAGCCGGGCUACUUCGUCGACUUCGACAACCGCCACGUUGAGAACGGCGCGAGAGGAGUCGGAGCGAACAGCGACGGCGCCCCUACGAGUCUGCCACAAAUUCAGGGCUACGUGCAAGGCAGUGAAGCCGACGCUCGACAGGCCCUCAUAAGCUCCACCUUCCAGAUCGACGAGGAGACGAAACUUAUGCUCGAAUCAGAAAAGCUGCUCUUCAAGAGAGAACACCUCAUUUUGGGCCCGGUCAUUGGCCAAGGUCACUUUGGUUGUGUCUACCGGGGUACCUUGGAGCUGGAAGGCAAGGGUGAGGUUCAGCAGGUCGCCGUCAAAACUCUUCACAACACAGAUUCACGCGGGGUCGAGGCUGACGGCCAGGCUUUCCUCGAGGAGGCACUCAUCAUGAAGGACUUCCACCACAUGAACGUGCUGCCGCUCAUUGGAUUGAGCAUUGAUGAGUCAGGCGGCUUGAUGGUCAUCAUACCGUACAUGAAGUACGGCGAUCUGCUAUCCUACAUUCGAGACGAGAGAAACAACCCAACUGUGAAAGACUUGAUCACGUUUGGUAUCCACGUGGCUGAAGGCAUGAAGUAUUUGGCUGAUACAAAGUUCGUGCACAGAGACCUGGCGGCUCGCAACUGCAUGCUUAGCGAGGAUUUCAUUGUGCGUGUGGCCGACUUUGGCCUAUCACGCGACGUCUACGAGAAGGACUACUACAGUGGUGACAACAAGAAGACGAAGCUUCCCGUGAAAUGGAUGGCACCAGAAAGCUUGGAGAAGGGCAUCUACAACCACAAGACGGAUGUGUGGUCGUAUGGUGUGCUCUUGUGGGAGCUCAUGACACGUGGUGUGACGCCGUAUCCAGAAGUGGACAACUGGGAUAUCGUCAAUUUCCUGAAGCAAGGACGGCGGAUGCAACAGCCGAGCUACUGCCCUGAUGAACUGUACGAGAUCAUGUUGCAGUGCUGGCAGGACGACUCCAAGCGACGGCCUUCGUUCGCACAGCUCGUGACGGACGUCUCAAACGUGAUCGUAAGCCUCGAGAAGAAAAAGCGAAACAGGAGAGUCAGCCUGAACGUGACGUACUACAACUGUCCGAAACCCGGUGCUAACGACGGCGCUGGGCCCUCAACGGAGGAUCGGCCAGAUGAUGGCACAUCCUAGGCAGAAUGGCACUGCGGCCUCUGCGCUUUGCCGCAAGGAUGCAUAUCAGUUCCUAAGAGAGCCAAUGCGCUGCUGGUGACAGCGCCACUGCCAACGAAGCCGCGAGAACUGAUUGCAGGGCUCGCCACCGUUCACGAUCUCUCCAGACUGCCGAUGCUCAAAUACGUGCGGAUGAUGGAACGCACGUCGCUGCUUGGAUCGAUCAAGUGCCAUUUGUGUGCCUACACCACAGCAGCUGGUACCUAAGUUCGAAAGCUUAGACACAUCGCAAGUCGUUCAGAGAGCAAGUCGUCCGAUUUUCGGGGGAACUGUGGUGUGCUGGAAAGAUGCAAAACGCAGUUCACUGUAGCGUGGAGGAUGUGUGUCUCGGAACCGCUGGUCUCUUUCCAUGGCGCGAAGUCACUUUGUUGCACGGACUGUACCUGCACCAUCAGUGCGAAUGAUGCUGUGUGUAGAUAUCAUCGUGUGGCUGUACAUUUUGAGCCCAUCAUGACCUAUCAACUCCUGUGACUGUUUUUGACACGAAAGAAACAUUGAACUCUCAGACCAUGAGUGUCCACCACGCACGGAAACAUUCCAGUAUAUUUCUUUUCGUGCUAUACAGGGCUGUAUCACUACUUAACACGCCGCCACCGAAAAGAACUGUUUUUGCUGCUUCUUCAUAUCGAAAAGGAAGAGAGAGACUCGACGACGUGCACUUGAGAGUGUAUUUCACAGAUACGAUUGUUGUGCCAAAGCUGCGUGAGAUGCUUGUCUCAUAUGUUACUUAGAGUGAUCGCUAAAGUGGCCAGAAAGCACACGAACAAAUGAGAAGUGGACACCCAUCUGUGAGUUUCACCAGUGAGUAAACAGCCUCCUCUGUUUCUUUGACGUUGGUUGACGUCACAUACUAGCGCAGGAUCAAGUGACAGCGAUGCUGUGAUUCGUAAAUUCAAGAUAUCAGGACUGCAGCCAUCGAGCUGUUGUUCUAGUGUUCGCACACGCUAUCAGGGCAGGAGGAAACGCUGAAGCGUGGAUGUGAGGACCGGGACCUGACCCCUCACUCUCGCCUGGCAGCGACAACUGUGGGCCAUUGGCAAGAAAUUAGGUCGCUUGACCAGAGCCGUGAAAUUACCUCGUCGUGAGCACUUCUAGACGGAUGGACCAUGUGCUUCGAGAUGAGGGACUCCUGAAAUCUGCAGCGCAUGGCCUGGGACUGGCGCAGUUUAUCGCAUCGUGCUGAUAUUCAUUUUGUGUCAUUUGUGUUCCCGUGUGACGCUCAAGCACCAUUGUGACAAUGCUUUGCAUGUUGGCAAGUGAGACGCGUUUGGUAAAGCACUAUGGCCUGGUGUCAGUGUGGUGCGAACCGACAAUGAAUUUGUUUGAUAUGUUUCCAGCAAGUUGGAUUUCUAGCAAAAUACUGCCCUGUCAGCCCCCC